AUGCUAAUUUCAUUAAUAUCCUUUGCUUCAUCAGGAAAUUUUAAAUCAAUAUCGAAUCAAGCAGAUUAUAGCUUGAAGAGACAAUCUUUAGAAGAAGAUUUAUCUUCAAUAUCAUUUCAAAAAAUCAGAAUUCAAACUGACUACUCAUUCUUAACAAAAGAAAAUGACGGAUAUACAUGCAGAGGUACCAACCAGACAAUAAAAUGGAAGUAUGAACAAGCUUGCCAAGAGCAUGAUAUCAUUACAGAAGUGAAGGAAGAAGUAAUACGCGGAACCUUUGCUCAUGUUCUCGGUUUUGUUGAAGACCUAGUUAAAGUACGUCCAGUUGAGGAUCCAUUUACACUUCAGAACAAAUUCACAUCUUUGAAUACAAAGACAAGUAUCUACAGCACGGAUCUCCAUAUAACUGUUGUUGCAAGGCCAUACCCUACAACAAAUCAAAUCAGUACCUCUGUUUCUCUUCAAAAAGAUAAAUAUCUUAGACCACUCCAAGGAAUUAUAUAUAUUAACCCAUAUUAUAUUCCAGAUCAAAUACAAUCUGAUCAAACAGAUAAGCAAGAGUUCUUUAUUUCCUUACUCCAUGAUAUGCUUCAUAUUUUAGGCAUUUCAGUGGAUUCGUAUAAAGAUUAUCAUCCGAUCAAUUCUCUUACCACUCAUAAAACAAUUCUUUGCAACUUAACUGUUGGAGGAAUGAAGAGGACUUUCUUAUCAACUCCAUUUGCACAUAUCUUUGCAAAGAACAUGUAUGGAGUUGAUUCAUUCUCAGGUGAUGAUGGAUCAAAAUGCGUAUCAGGCAUAGAAUUAGAGAAUAACGUAUUUUAUAAUGAUGCCGAAUUAGAAUAUGUCAGUCACAGGGUUUAUUUCACAGAAAUCAUGACAAAUUCUUUAUUUAGGAACAUUGGAUCAGUACUUCGCCUUACUGAAGUUACAUUAUCCAUUUUGGCAGAUUCUGGAUUUUAUGAGGUCAAUUAUAGAAAGGGUAAACCAUUAUUAUGGGGUAAUCCAAAGUCAAUUGAUGGUGUUUCAAUACCAGAUUUCGCUUUAGGAUCGCCUUUGAAGACAUUCCCAGAAGGAUAUCUUGCCAAAGAUGGAUAUUCUAUCUAUCCAAGCUUUGACUACAAAUACUAUGGAACAACAUUAACAGAAGAAGCUCCAAAAUGUCCUUCCGAAACAGAAGAAGAUUAUUGCAAGCAUAAAGAUUUCUACAAUCCAAUGAAUGAGACAAAAAUUGGACACCAAGUUUUCGAUUACAUGCCUCUCAUUCUCCCAGAGAAAAUAUGCCCUCGCGGUACUGCUGCUCUUAAUGGAUCUCGUCAACAUUGCUAUCCAUACAAAUGCACAGACUACGAAAAGGUUGAAUUCAUCCUUGCAGGAAAAGAUGAAAACAGUGAUAAAGAGUUGGUUUUGGAGUGCAAUAAAUCAAACAUAUAUGAAAAAGUCACAUAUAAUUACUAUGAUCAAUCAUAUAAGUCAAUAAUUUCAGUAUCAUUUAUUUGCCCAUACGCAGCUCGCUUCUGCAGAAGUAUGGAACUUCAUGAUUCUAAUUUCGAAACGGAUCCUUUAGUUUUGAAGAGCAAAAAGACAAGCAUUUCACUCGGUAAGAUUCAGAAGAUUAUUAUAACUAUAUCUGUUAUUGCAAUUGUCAUGGCUUUAGCUGGUGUCUUCGUAUUCUGGCUUAUCAAGAAAUUCAAAAAGGACGGAAGCAACGCUAUAUUUGUAGCAGGUCAUGCAGAGUUGGAUGAAAAGCAAGCUGCUAUGCUCGAAGACUUUUAA